GCGCCAGCUGCAGAAGGGCGCCUGCCCGCUGGGUCUCCGCCAGCUGAGCAGCCCGCGCUACAAAUUCAACUUCAUCGCCGACGUGGUGGAGAAGAUCGCACCAGCCGUGGUCCACAUAGAGCUCUUCCUGAGACACCCGCUGUUUGGCCGCAACGUGCCCCUGUCCAGCGGCUCUGGCUUCAUCAUGUCAGAGGCCGGCCUGAUUAUCACCAAUGCCCACGUGGUGUCCAGCAACAACGCUGCCUCGGGCAGGCAGCAGCUCAAGGUGCAGCUACAGAAUGGGGACUCCUAUGAGGCCACCAUCAAAGACAUCGACAAGAAGUCGGACAUCGCCACCAUCAAGAUCCAUCCCAAGAAAAAGCUCCCUGUGUUGUUGCUGGGCCACUCAGCUGACCUGCGGCCUGGGGAGUUUGUGGUGGCCAUCGGCAGUCCCUUCGCCCUGCAGAACACCGUGACAACGGGCAUCGUCAGCACUGCCCAGCGGGAGGGCAGGGAGCUGGGCCUCCGGGACUCCGACAUGGACUACAUCCAGACAGACGCCAUCAUCAACUACGGGAACUCCGGGGGACCGCUGGUGAACCUGGAUGGCGAGGUCAUUGGCAUCAACACGCUCAAGGUCACGGCUGGCAUCUCCUUUGCCAUCCCCUCGGACCGUAUCACACGGUUCCUCACUGAGUUCCAAGACAAGCAGAUCAAAGACUGGAAGAAGCGCUUCAUCGGCAUACGGAUGCGGACGAUCACACCAAGCCUGGUGGAUGAGCUGAAGGCCAGCAACCCAGAUUUCCCAGAGGUCAGCAGUGGAAUUUACGUGCAAGAGGUUACGCCGAAUUCGCCUUCUCAGAGAGGCGGCAUCCAAGAUGGUGACAUCAUCGUCAAGGUCAACGGGCGUCCUCUGGUGGACUCGAGUGAGCUGCAGGAGGCCGUGCUGACCGAGUCUCCUCUCCUGCUGGAGGUGCGGCGGGGGAACGACGACCUCCUCUUCAGCAUCGCACCCGAGGUGGUCAUGUGAGGGGGCGCAUUCCUCCAGCGCCACGCGCCAGAGCCUGCAGAUAACGGAGGGCACCGCUCCCCGAGAUCAGGACGAAGGACCACCAUCGGUCCUCAGCAGGGUGGCAGCCUUCUCCUGGCUGUCCAGGGCAGAGCGGAGGCUGGGCUUGGCCAGGGGCCCGAAUUUCCGCCUGGGGAGUAUUGGAUCCACCUCCCAGUGCAGGGAGGGAAGCCCAACAUCCCCUUGUACAGAUGCUCCUGAAAGUCACUUCCAGGUUCUCGGGAUAUUUCACAAAACUGCCUUCCUGGAGGUCCCCUCCUCUCCUAGCUUCCCGCCUCCGCCCCUGUGAACACCCAUCUGCAGUACCCCCGCUCCUGCCCCUCCUACUGCAGGUCUGGGCUGCCAAGCUUCUUCCCCACUGACAAACGCCCACCUGACCUGAGGCCCCAGCUUCCCUCUGCCCCAGGACUUACCAAGCUGUAGGGCCGGGGCUGCUGCCAGCCAGCCUGGGGUCCCUGGAGGACAGGUCACAUCUGAUCCCUUCGGGGUGGGGGGUCCAGCCCAGAGCAGGCACUGAGUGAAUGCCCCCUGGCUGUGGAGCUGAGCCCCGCCCUGCUGUGAGGUUUUCCUCCCCAGGCAGGCAGGAGGCCACGGGGAGCACGUGGAAAGUUGGCUGCUGCCUGGGGAAGCUUCUCCUCCCCAAGAUGGUCAUGGCGCGGCCUGCAGAGGACAGUGGACAUGGAACUGUGGGGUGUGAGGACUGAGCCGGCUUCCCCUUCCCACGCAGCUCUGGGAUGCAGCAGCUGCUCGCAUAGAAGUGCCGCCCAGAGGCAAGCGGGCUCCUGGGCAUCACCCCCCUCAUCCAGGGAACAAGUGUGUCUCAAGGGGCAUUUGUGAGCUUUGCUGUAAAACAGAUUCCCAGUGUCGCUUGUACUGUAUGUUUCUCUACUGUAUGGAAAAUAAAGUUUACAAGCACAUGGUUCUCAGCCA